AUUGUGUCUACUCAGCCAGCCGUCCAACCCUAGAGCUCCAAGUGGCAGUAGAAGAUUGUGGCUAAUCGAUCGUGAUCUGCUCUCUAACUGUUUGUAUAAAUACCCAACUGAGAUGCCACCACCUCUUCAUAUCCUACCUCUCAAAUAGCCAAAGAGAGACGCAGUCACGCAGAUCAUUCUUUUUGAGUUUUCGAUAACGGAAAGAAGAAAAGAUGGAGUUGAUUCCAGGUCUACCCGAAGAAAUUGGUCUUGAGUGCUUGACUCGGUUGCCGUACACGGCGCACCAAGUCGCCGUCCAAGUUUGCAGUCGAUGGCGAGAGCUGCUCAAAAGCCCGGCAUUUUACCAGCUGAGGAAACAAACUGGGAAUACCCACAAGGUGGCUUGCUUGGUUCAGUCUCUCCCUGCCAUCAGCGACGGGCGGAAACCUGCUGGGCCGCCACCUUACGGGAUAGCCGUGUUCGACCCGCUAAGUCGGAGUUGGGAGCGAUUGGAAGCUAUUCCAAGUUACCCAGAUGGGCUGCCGCUAUUCUGUCGAAUAUCGAGCGUGGAGGGGAAACUCGUUCUUAUGGGUGGAUGGGACCCGGCGAGUUGGGACCCUGUGAAGGACGUAUUCGUCUAUGAUUUCACAUCUCGGAAAUGGAGAAAAGGCAAAGACAUGCCUUCGAAGCGGUCUUUCUUUGCGGCAGGUGCGGUGGAAGGAAGGGUGUUUGUGGCGGGCGGCCAUGACGAGAGCAAGAAUGCGAUGAAGUCGGCAUGGGCGUACGAUGUGAGACGAGACGAGUGGGAGGAGUUGUGUUCCAUGAGCGAAGAACGAGACGAAUGCGAAGGUGUGGUGGUGGGGAACGAGUUUUGGGUAGUGAGCGGGUAUGGGACAGAGCAUCAGGGGAGGUUUGUGAGGAGCGCAGAGGUUUUCGAACUCGGAUUGAAUCGGUGGCGCCUAGUGGAGGAGGCGUGGGUGGCGGAUCGAUGCCCCAGGGGGUGUGUUGAUGUGGGCAAAGACGGGAAGUUGAUUUGCUGGGCUGAUGCGGAUGCAGCAGUUGGAGCAGGGGCAUGCGCAGUGGGACUGGGAGAGAGAACCCUUGUGGCCGGCUCGGCUCACCUUGAUGCAACCCAAGGGGUCUUCUUGGUAGAGAAUGGAGGGCAAAACAAUAAAUUUCAGAAGAUUGAUAUACCCGAUCAGUUUUCUGGAUUUAUUCACUCAGGUUGUUGUGUUGAGAUUUAAGAGUCUAACCUCACUUGUGAGGUGCUCUGUUUUUACUU